AUGGCUGCGUCGUCUUCCCGCUCAGUGCACGGCGGCACGCCGCCAGCACCAACUGGCUGGCUGGGGCUGCAUCGCGUCGAGAUCAAGUUACCCUGGCUGCAUAGCGAUGCCACUCGACAUCUGUGUGACGUCGUCUUCCGCCGGUCCAUCGGCAGCGCGCAAGGCGUCGCACAGCUCAUCCGGCAGGAAGGGGCUGAGGCAAAUGUCAUGCCGUUACUGGUGCAAUCACACGCGGAUGGCGCCCCUCCCCCCCCGGAGCCGCCCAUGGUCUACCCACUGCUCAGCCUAGCUAUUGACAACAUGACCGGCAACACUAUUCCAUCCAUCUGGGUGGACCGUCCACGGGGCAUGAGUCCCGUCGCCACGAGGUGCUGGUCGUCCCCCGAGCUGCAGGAUGACAUCAUGAAUGCACUGAUCGACGGUGGGGCCGACAUGAAUGCGACGAGCGCCGACCGCUCCCACAACACACGGCCCCUUCGUGUGGCGAUUGCGGCGGGCAACAUACGAGCAGUGAGCCUGCUGCUGCGGCGGGGCGCGCAGCUGAGCGGCUUCAGGGUGAUGCGGCUGCCGUUUGCUUGGGGAGUGUACGGUGGACGAGAGUGUCUAACCACCUCCGACGCGGAGCGGCAGCUCAUGUCGAUUUAUCAGCGACUCAUCCAGCGAGACAGCACACUCGCAGUCGAACGCAGCACCGACGGCGGCUCCUCGCUGAGCGUGGUGGAUGAUGCAGCCACGAGCCGGGGGGGUCCUUUCUCCCAGGCCUUCAUUGACCAGUACCUGGACAUGCUACAGGCCAAUGGAGCAGACGUAAGGGCGGGGACUGGCCCGUGGGGCACUACCCCAUUGCGGUGGGCGGCGAUGUUCGGCAGCCCCCAAGUCGCCGAUUGGCUGUGUCGCCAGGUGCCGGCCGACAUCGACAGAGACCUGACAGGCGAGCCGCAUAGAACGCCCCUCAAUACGGCUCUCGGUGGGCUCACGCGGUGGGCUGAUGACCUGAAUGACGACAGCCGGCCAGAGCAUGAGAAGGAGGAGCUUCGCACACGGGAGAUUCCCAACCUCGAGGCCUUCAUCCGUACACUGGUGCGGGCCGGGCUCGCCCCGUCCCUUGUCCGCUUCACAGUACCUGAAGACCACCGCCGUCGGUGUCGGCUGCUGCUCACGCAGUAUGCCGCAGUGCUGAACGAGCUGCCUGAUGUGUCGAUGGCGGCCAUCAACGCCGCCCUCGCCCGCCAGCGCGACCACUCGAUGCUGCUCGCCCGUCUGCUGCCCGUCGCACCCCAUCAUGACGGCGCCCACCCCCACCCCUCCCCAUCCAACAUGGCAUUCGGACCACACGAGGCGGACGCCAUCGGCUGGAAGAUCGGCGCAUUCCUGCACGAUCCAUCGGCUGCCGUGGCGGUCAUCGACCGGUACCUCAUCGGUGACUCACAGCUGAGGCGCCGCGUGCAGGCGGCCGUCAGCCAUUUCGUCAAGUCGGCGGCCACACAGACAUCCAGCAACAGGGAGGUGGUGGGCGAUAUGGCCAAUGUGGGCGGCGUCACGGGGCGGGUGCCGCUGCAGUGCUUCGCCAUUCGGGGCAGUGGCGUGCAGGUGGCGCGCAUGGUGGGUGUGCGAGAGGUGGUGCACAGGGCCCGGCUGGACGAGGCGGCCAGGUGGUUGGACGGGGCAGCCUGGUGUGGCCUCACGGCGGGUGUGGUCAAGGGCUUCAACGAGCACCUCGGCAACCAGGACUGCCAAUUCGCGUGGCAGCAGCUGGGCCACAUCGACAAGACCACACGGAUAUUCGUGGCGCUGGGCAUUGAGUGAG